AUGGCAUCGUCAAUACAACCACUCACCAAAGGCGUAUAUGCCCCUUCAGGCCCUAAUGAUAUACGAGGUCCCUGUCCACUCAUCAACAGUCUCGCAAACCACGGUUAUCUUCCACGGGAUGGCCGGAACGUGCGUGUUGAAGAAGUCCUGGCAGGCAUGAACGCCGUUGGACUCUCUAAACCUCUUGGGGCCGCCUUCGCCAAUCCGAUCUUCCAAGAGCGUGCGCCCUCAAAAUUCCACGACGAUCAAGUCACCCAAAGGUCGCUUUUGCAGAAGUUAUGGCAGACAGUAACUGACCCGUGGUCCGUCCUGGGAAAAUUCGGUAUGCGCAAGCCAGGGCAGGUUGACUCUGAGGGUCACAGAGUCUUGAACUUGGACCAGCUCGGCUUGCCCAACACAGUUGAGCACGACAUAUCCUUGACCCGUCGGGAUCAUCAACAAGGUGAUAAUAUAACUCUUCAAAAAGAUCUCGUCGAGGAUCUUCUUGCUAGCUCAAAGGAUGGCAAGGUUAUCACGGUUGAUGAUCUUGUUGAGUUUCGCAAGAAACGCAUCGCUAGACAGAAAGAAGACAACCCAGGUGUUCAGUAUGGAGCAUUUGAAAACGAUCUCGCUUGUGCUGAGAUCGCGUUGAUACUAAAUGUCAUUGGUACUGGAGAUAGGGUCGAGUGUAGUUAUGCCAGGGCUUUCCUUCAACAAGAAAGGCUGCCGAUCGAUGAAGGGUGGAAGAAGAGGUCAUUCGGUAUAGUCAGCUUGAUCACCGAGAGGGACAAGGUCAAGAAGAAGUUGGGAAUGGAUUUCAAGUCUUAG